UCCCUCCCAAUUUUAUCUUAUUUGAAUAACUAAUCACCAAGGUAGCAUUCAGUUUGUUACAAACAAAUAAAAAGAUGGCAACAAGAACCAAAGUUUGUAUUUCUUUGAUGUUAUUUGCAGUGGCAUUUAUCAAUGCAAUAGAUGAAUGUUCAGAUUUUACAAUCGAUGAAUCCACCAUAGAAGACAUACAAGAUGCCUUCACUCUAAACAAACUCACUUCAAGACAACUCGUUGACUUUUACUUGCACAGAAUCAAGGUGCUGAAUCCAAUACUUGGUGCUGUAUUGGAACUCAAUCCUGACGCACGAGAUCAAGCGGACAAGGCUGAUUGCGAGAGACAAGAAGAUCGUGACCGUUCGUUGCUUCAUGGGAUACCUGUUUUGAUCAAAGACAGUAUUGCAACUUUUGACAAACUAAAUACAACAGCAGGUUCUUAUGCAUUGCUUGGAUCAAAGGUUCCACGUGAUGCACACGUGGUUUCGAAGCUAAGGGAUGCUGGUGCCAUUAUUCUGGGGAAAACUAGUCUCCCAGAGUGGUAUGGCGCUCGUUCUACCACCAUGCCAAAAACUUGGUGCGCUAGAGGUGGAUUUGCAUUGAAUCCUUAUGUGGAGUCUAAGAGUCCAUGUGGGUCUAGCUUUGGAUCUGCAAUUUCAGUGGCAACAAACAUGGUUACAGUUUCAUUAGGGACAGAAACUGAUGGCUCCAUUAUCUGUCCAGCUGAUCACAAUUCAGUAGUGGGAAUCAAGCCAACUGUUGGACUCAGUAGCAGGGCUGGUGUCAUACCAAUUUCACCUCGUCAAGAUACCAUCGGGCCAAUUUGCAGGACAGUUUCAGAUGCAGUUCAUGUGCUUGAUGUAAUUGUUGGAUUUGACACAAGAGAUUAUGAAGCUACAAAGUCAGCAGCCAAGUUUAUACCUUCAGGUGGUUAUAAGCAAUUCCUCAAUAAACAAGGUCUCAAAGGAAAGAAAAUAGGUGUUUUGAGGAAUCCAUUUUUGAUUCCUUAUGAGGGAUCCAAAGUCAUUUCCAUCUUUGAGGAUCAUCUCAAUCUGUUGAGAGAAAGAGGUGCAAAAGUUGUGGAAAAUUUGGAAGUAGAAAAUUUAAGUAUCAUUCUAGACCCUUUUCAAAAUGGUGAAAUGAUAACCUUUCUUCCAGAAUUCAAGUUGUCCAUUAACAAAUAUCUACAGGAGCUCACUUAUUCUCCCGUGAGGUCUCUAGCUGAGAUUAUAGAAUUCAACAUCAAUAACCCUAAAUUAGAAAAGACUAAUGAAUAUGGGCAAGAUUUAUUUAUUGCUUCAGAAAUGACGAGCGGAUUCGGAAAAAGUGAAAUUGAGGCACUGAAGAUGAUGGAUCAAUUGUCAAAAGAUGGGUUUGAGAGUUUGAUAAAGAAGAAUCAAUUGGAUGCAGUGUUGGCCAUAGGCUCUGAUGCUUCUCCAAUGUUGGCAAUUGGAGGGUAUCCAGCAAUCACUGUCCCAGCUGGAUAUGAUAAGCAAGGGAUGCCAUUUGGAAUCUGUUUUGGAGGGUUAAAGGGAACUGAGCCGAAACUGAUUGAGAUUGCUUAUGAUUUUGAGCAAGCUACCAGGGCAAGGAAGCCACCCCUCGCUUAGUCGCUUUUCAUUCAUACGAAGAAAUUUAAGGAUAAUAUUAGGACCUAGACUUGACUGAUGGAUUUCUGGUGAUUGUGGAUUUGAUUAAUACAAGUACAAUAUCACAUAUUUAGUUAUCACUUAUGUGUACUUUAUUAUUUUUUACCAUUAUGUCAUCCUAUGACUUGCACUCCAA